AUGAACACGGCAGCGCAACAGGGACAAGAGGCAGCCCCAAAAAUGUAUUGGGUGGGCACACAGGGAGUGUGGCACACAGGGAGUGUGGCUAAGUCAGCCCUACGCACGGUGUCCCUGGUUCGCCAGCACAGCCCAGUGCGGUCUGUUCCACCCCGCCGCACUGGCCGGGCUACAGGGAGUAUCCAGCCAGGACAGGUUGUGCAGGCUCGGUGCUCGAGACCUCCAGUGCGCCUCCACGAACCCCUACAGCUCUCUGUCUCUGAAGAGGAGGUUCCCCCUGAGCAGCAGCACUGUGAGCAGGAGUGGAGCCCCAGUCUGGGACAGGAGGACCCAGAGACCAAACAGAUUAAAGAGGAACAGGAGGAAGUCAGGACCAGUCAGGAGGAAGAGCAGCUUCAAGGGCUCUUUGAUACCAAAGACUCCAUAUUCACUCCUUCCUGUGUGAAAAGUGAAUGUGAUCUGGAGAACCCAUGUCAAGAAGCCGUACUAGCUGAACACCCAAUUCUCAGUCCACUGAAAACGUCUAAACUACAGUUGUUUCGUGUGUUUUUAAAUGAAUGUUUAACGGCGGCUGCUGUGGAGAUUUUCGGGGCAGUUGAGAAAACGGUAGUGGAAUACCAGGAGGAGAAUGAUCGGCUACGGAGACUGCUGCAGAGGACACCAGAGAUACAACUAUGUAGAAUAGACUCCCUGCAGCUCUCUGUCUCUGAAGAGGAGGUUCCCCCUGAGCAGCAGCACUGUGAGCAGGAGUGGAGUCCCAGUCUGGGGCAGAAGGACCCAGAGACCAAACAGAUUAAAGAGGAACAGGAGGAAGUCAGGACCAGUCAGGAGGAAGAGCAGCUUCAAGGGCUCUUUGAUACCAAAGACUUUAUAUUUACUCCUUCCUGUGUGAAAAGUGAAUGUGAUCAGGGGGACCCACUUCAGUCCUUGACUCUUCCCCAAACCCAGACUGUGGAGAACAGAGAGAGAGACUCUAAACCAGUGGAUCUCAAACCUUUUGCCACUGUGACCCACAUUAAGGGUCUUAACAUUCCCUGUGACCCUCCAGAUAAUCAAAACAAUGCCUCCAGCCACAGUUCAGCUGUAAGCAGCGACCCAGUAGGACUUGACUACAGUCCACCAUUGGUUCCCAGACCACCAUUGGAUCCCAGCCCACCAUUGGAUCCCAGUCCACCAUUGGAUCCCAACCCACCAAUGGGGGAACGCGGUUCCAAACUCAGCACCACGUCUAGAAAAACUCACCACUUUCGUGACUGUGGUGCAACGUUUCCUCUGAAAGCUGAACUGCAGAGACAUGUGACUCUCACCAAGAAGAGACUCAGUGAAUGCAGCUUCGGCAAUAAACUCAACAACUCCACCUGUAAACUGAAGGCCCAUGUCCAACUCUGUCACAGUGGGAAAACCUAUAUCUGUCCAGUUUGUGGAAAGACCUUCAAACACAAAGGAAUUCUGUCCAGGCACAUGAGGAUUCACACAGGAGAGAAACCCUUUAGCUGUGUUGACUGUGGCAGAAGCUUCAGUCAGAAGGUGAGACUAACUGAACAUAAACUGACUCACACAGGAGAGAAACCAUUUAGCUGUGGUGACUGCGGGAAAAAAUUCAAUCGGAAGGGGCACCUAAACAUGCACAAACUGAUUCACACAGGAGAGAAACCAUUUAGCUGUGGCGACUGUGGGAAAGGCUUCAAUCGGAAAGGGCACCUAAACAUGCACAAACUGAUUCACACAGGAGAGAAACCAUUUAGCUGUGGUGAUUGUGGGAAAGGCUUCAAUCGGAUGGCAGACCUAAGGAGGCACAAACUGACUCACACAGGAGAGAAAACAUUUAUCUGUGGUGACUGUGGGAAAAGCUUUUUUCUAAAGGGUAGCCUAAGCUUGCAUAAACUGACACACACAGGAGAGAGAACAUUUAUCUGUGGUGACUGUGGGAAAAGCUUUUUUCUGAAGGGUAGCCUAACCUUGCACAAACUGACUCACGCAGGAGAGAAACCAUUUAGCUGUGGUGAUUGUGUGAAAAGCUUUUAUCUGAAGGGUAGCCUAACCAGGCACAAACUGACUCACACAGGUGAGAAACCUUUUAGCUGUGGUGACUGUGGGAAGAGCUUUAAUCAAAAGGGGGACCUAACGAGGCAUAAACUGACUCACACUGGAGAGAAACAACAUGGCUGCUCCGUCUGUGAUAAAAGAUUCUCUCAAAAGAAUAAUCUGCUGAGGCAUGUGGAUAAUGUCCACAAAGGAAGAAAACAGGACAGAAACUGA